UGGGAGAUUUAUACUAGAUGGUAGCACGGAGCUAGCGGCAGAAAUGACCGAAAAUGUGAUAAAUUAUGGACAUCAAGUGGAUAAAUCUUGGAUGAUCAGAUGUAACUUUUGUCUUCAUCAACACCACCUACAUAACAUGGACUCAAGCCCAGAGCUACUGCAGAACUCACUACACAGACCUGGCCAGUGUGAGGAACAUGACAGAGAACCAGAAGGUACUGGCGAUGACAGCUGCUGGAGGAUCCUAUGUCUGGAUCGGCCUUUUCAGAGAUUCCUGGAAGUGGUCAGAUGGAAGUACCUCCUCAUUCAGCUUCUGGAAGACCGGCCAACCUGAUAACAACAACGAGACUUGUGUCGCUGCAGACUUCAGCCAAUCAGGAGCCUGGGAGGACUGGUCCUGUGACAUGGAGAGAGCGUUCAUUUGCUACGGUCCAGCGGUUCCUGUUUCAAAGAAAGUGCUGAAAGUGAAGUUUGAGAACAAGAAGAAUCUGGAUCUGAAUGACCCUGCUGUGAUGGAGGCCAUGUUGAAGCAGCUGAAACAGAAGCUGAGGGCCCAGGGGCUGGACGACAACAUCAAACUGAGCUGGAGGAAGCAGGCUGAUGGAAAAGUCUUCCACAAGGAAGACAAGAAGACCAACAAGAGGAGGAGGAAGAGGGAGGAGCUGUAAUGUUGAGUUGCUGCGUCUGGUUUCAUCAGAGAAAAGUCUGGUUCUUUGCAAGCAGAAAUACUAAAUAUAUUCACAGCUUCUAGCUUCUCAAAUCAUGAAUAUUUAUUUUUUGUCAUAUUUGAUCAUAAACUUAAUAUAUUUGAGCUUCAGACUGUUGUUAGAAUAAAUCAAGACUUUAGUAUUUAUCCGAUUUAUCAGCUUUGGGGAAAUAUAACCGACAUGUUUUACUGAUUUACUGUUUCUUCUUUAAAAUCUAUUUUAAUGAGAUAAAAUGUCUUUCUUUGUUUGAGAGUAAAGGGUUUUUCACACGGGGAGCGACCCUUGGCCUGCGUAGUCGUGUCAUGUGAUGGACAACGCUCCGCGAUCAAUGUGUGGUAACCAUGGAGAUACUGUAUCCCUGCUGUACAACUGGAUGAGAUCAUCUGACUGUGGUUUCAUAUCUCCCUAAUCACAGGUGGAUUUAUAACACAUAGUGGUAAUCCUAGUCUUUCCUAACCACAGACAGUUAUUGUUGAUAGCUAAAGUUAGCUACAUUAGCAUAGUUAGCUACAUUAGCAUAGUUAGCUACAUUAGCAUAGUCAUGAUUACGGACGUCUUGUGCCGAUGUUCUGAUAACUGUUUAGAAAACACUUUUAUAUUUUAGUAAACUCACAAACAGAAGAGGAAGUUGCACCACAUGAAGGCCCCGACCUUGGCGUGUGUGUGAGUAAGAUAACAGUUUCUGCCUAAGAAACAAGAAGACCCCCCCCCCCCUGUGAGGAUAGGAUAAGUAUAAGAUAAGAUAGGACUCAGUAAUCAGACUGAUCCUUGUGUUCUGGUAAACUUAAGUCCAAUGAAAGAAGGCGUGAGAAUUAUUAAAUUGGAGUCAGAUUGACAGGCCUUAGGGUCUCAUUUGGACAAAUUCCUUACAGUGUGUGCAUGUGAUGAGCACGAACGCCACAGUUGUCGCGUCGCCUGUCAAACUGCCCCCCCCCCCACCACCUGCCUGACCGCUCUCCUCUCAUUGAAACCAUCGCCCCCCGUGUGGAAAGGCCUUAACAAGGCGUCUGGCUGUGAUGAGUCAGAAUAUCUUUAAAUGAGUGAUAUAGAAGAUAAUCAUGUGAAUAUAUUAGUGUUGUGCUGUCACCUUAUAAACAAACUCAAUCUGAAGAUGUUUUUACAGUUUUCAGCCGUGAUCCAGAAUGAAAAUCUGCAGAAUUGAACCGAUUGUUUAUCAGGUUGGAGGUGGAGAUGUUUUAUUUUAAUUUGUUUAAAAUCUGGGUAAUAUUCUGUCUGCAGAUUCUGUGUGGCUCUGGUUAUUAGAGAUGCAAACUUUAAACAUUUCCCUAAAACUUGAUGUGACUGUAACAUCUUCCAGACAGAAACACUAAAUAUAUUCACAGCUUCUCAAACAGGAAGAUUUGAUGCUUUUCUUUGUUAUAUUUGAUCAUAAACUUAAUAUAUUUGGGCUUUAUACUGUUGUUAGAAGAAAAACAAUAUUUUAGUAUUUAUCUGAUUUAUUGUCUGUGGGGAAAUAUA